GAGAGCAUAAAUAGACAGUCAUUCGCCCACUGGUUAGCAUAUCGCCUAUAAAAGUUGGCGACAUUUGGUUCAUUUCGCACCAUCACCGAAACCUCAUUAGGAUAUAUCUACAAUCAUAACAACUACAGUCAGUUGACUUGACCACUUGUGACCAGACCAAUUAUCAACCGGACUUAUCGAUUGACGCACUUUGGAAUUCCAAGCCAGAUAAACAAGAGUUCCUGAUAAAGGAAUAUAUCGAAGCAUACAGGAGGCGACGUCGUGUCCUGAUCAAAUAUGGCAGCCUCCAAGUCUCAUCCAGUUAAAACCAGUAAAACAGUUUUGAAAAGAUUCUUGGAUCUCGAACAGCCAAAAGAAUACUGCCAGGUGGAAUACAUUUGGAUUGACGGCACAGGAGAAGGCAUCAGGUCAAAGGGCAGAACUUUGGAUUUCGUCCCCAAGGAAGCAAAAGAAUGCCCAAUAUGGAAUUACGAUGGCUCUAGCACCUGGCAGUCUGAUGGAUGCAACUCUGAUCUCUACCUGUACCCUAGAGCCUUAUUUAGGGAUCCAUUCAGGGGAGGCAACAACAAGCUCGUCAUGUGUGAUGUCUACAAGCACAACAAGGAACCAGUUGAAAGCAAUAAAAGAAACACUUGCGCUGACGUCAUGGAGAAAGCAAAAGACCUGGCCCCAUGGUUUGGAAUUGAACAGGAGUACUCUCUUCUAGAUUUUGAUGGCUACCCUCUAGGAUGGCCCAAACAGGGCUUCCCAGGCCCACAGGGUCCUUACUACUGCGGGGUGGGCUCAGACAAGGUGUACGGCAGGGACGUGGUGGAGGCCCACUACAGGGCAUGCCUUUAUGCUGGCAUCACAAUCAGUGGCAUCAAUGCAGAGGUCAUGCCCUCACAGUGGGAGUUCCAGGUUGGUCCUUGUGAAGGAAUCAAGAUGGGAGACGAGCUCUGGGUGGCCAGAUACAUUCUGCUGAGAGUGGCUGAAGAGUUUGAUGUCAGGGUGACAUUUGAUCCCAAACCAAUACCCGGCAACUGGAACGGAGCUGGAGCCCACUGCAACUACAGCACUAAGCCUAUGAGAGAGGACGGUGGAUUGGCAGAGAUUGAGAAAGCCAUUGACAAACUGAGCUUGAAACAGAAAGAACACAUCCGGGCUUAUGAUCCAAAGAAUGGCCAGGACAAUGCAAGACGUCUUCUAGGCUCCCAUGAAACAUCCAGCAUUGACCAGUUCUCUGCUGGUGUCGCCAACAGAGGUGCCAGUAUUCGUAUUCCAAGACAGGUAGCGGAGGACAAGAAAGGUUAUUUGGAGGACAGAAGACCAGCCUCCAACUGUGAUCCUUACUCCGUGACAGAGAUUGUUGUCAGAACCACUGUAUUAGAAUAAAGCCUAGUUGCUUGUGCCACUGACCAUUGACCACUUGGACCACUAGCUUCAUCCUCAACCAAGGUUAUUUUAAAACUUCUUGCAUAUUGGGGCAUGAAGCAGGAAGAAAUUAUCAACUUGUAAAUAUUUCAAGAUGUCAUUUUGUACUUUUUGUUUCCUAACUAGAAGUUUUUAGUUUGUCAUGUAUUUCCUUUAAUAGAACACCACAUGAAGAGGAAUUUUAAUAUUAAUUUUUAUGUGUAUUCUUUCAGCAUUGAGUUCACUAUAUAAUAUUUACAAAAUAAUGUUAUUUUUCUGCAAGUCCCAUAUUGUGCCUAUGUUUAAAAUGAUUGAAAACAAAUUGGCCAUGACACAGAACUCAGGUCUAUGAUGUUUAACAUAAUUCUUAAUCUAAAUCAUAAAUAACACUUAAUCUAACAUUCCAAGGAGAGACUUUAAACUGAAUCUUAUUAAUAUUUGUGACUUACUUGAUAAGCUUAUGAAAGAUUUACACUAAAAUGGACUUGUCAAAUCUUAUAAUUUAUUGUUAGAUAGAUGUUUGCAUUAGUCGAUUAAAGUAAUUAAUUCUUUUGUAUUUACCAUCAAAUUUAAUGUAUGUUGAAUUAUGUAACAUAGCUGGGUUCCAUUUUAUUUUACCACAAAGUUUCAUGUUAGCAUUGUGGUCUUCUUUAGGUAAAGUUUGAUAUGAUAGUUUGUAUCAUUAUACAUGUAUCAUCAAACAUAUAUAUUGUUUUGUUUUUUUUAUGUUAAGGGAGAUGAACAGUAUAUAAAACUAGGGUAUUCAAAGAUGAACAACUCAAGUUAUAUGUUUAACCCAUUGAUGCUUAAAGCGCAGAAAACAUUGGGAUAUUUUUUUUUAAGCAUUAGCUGUAGACUAAGUAAAACAACAACAACAACAAAAAUAACAAGCAGUAUAGGCAUGAAUGGGUUAAAUUUUGUUUCAUAGCAUGAAUUGGUUACACGUGAGGGGGGGGUGUUGUGUUCGGUCAGUACAGAGAGUCUUAGAGUGUGAUGUGAAUACCCUGUUUGUAUUAUAGGCUGUCUUUCAUAAGGGUAUUCAUUCAAGGGUUACAGUUAGACCCUCAGUCACACAAAGGCAUAUUUACAUGAUAUAUAAUGAGACCUUUGAUUAGUGAGUUUAAACUAUGAGAGUCUUCUAUAGUCACCUUUGAACCACGUGAGAGUGAACUUUUGUGAAACAUUGAAUGACAUUUAGAAUAAAAACUUUGACAUGUCUUUCACUUAGCUGAGCUGUUGUAUCAAUGAAAUAGCAUAUAAUGUGGAUGUGUGAGUGGAUAUAAAAAUUUUAACACAUUGUUUAAAAUUGAUUUAUUGAUGUAGAUUUAUUAUUGUCUGUUUAUAUGAUUGUUACAUGUUUUAACUGUUUAAACAUUAAAUAUUGUCAAAAAUUGC